CGACAACCCUCGACAACCAUCCCUCCCACGAACAAACAAUCUACCGCAAAAAUGGCCGGUGGAGUCUCCGUUCGCGAUGUUGAUGCGCAAAAGUUCAUCGAGGCAUACGCUGCUUUCUUGAAGAGGCAGGGAAAGCUUCCUAUUCCUGGUUGGGUUGACACUGUCAAGACUGGUGCCGGAAAGGAGCUCCCACCUCAAUCAAUUGACUGGUUCUACGUCCGUGCCGCAUCCAUCGCCCGUCACGUCUACCUCCGCAAGACCGUCGGUGUUGGCCGUCUCCGAAAGGUCCACGGCUCAACCAAGAACCGUGGCUCCCGCCCAUCGCACCACGUCGAUGCCAGCGGCAGCGUUGACCGCAAGGUCAUGCAGGCUCUUGAGAAGAUCGGUGUUCUCGAGCAGGAUGAGGACAAGGGAGGUCGACGUAUCACACAGAGCGGACAGCGGGAUUUGGACCGUAUCGCGAUGACCACCUUGGAGGCUGACGAGGAAGACGACGAGUAA